CCAUUAGUGUGAUGACAGCAAAUCCCAAAGCUUUCUUUCUCUCCCUCUCAUUGGGAAGCUUAAAAAAAAGAAAAGGCCUCACCUUACUUCUCCUAAAAGGCUAAAACUUUUCUGUACUUUGCGUCUCUCAGACUCACUGUACCAUUGUUAUUAUGAAGAAAGUCUCAAUCUUUUCCACUUAGCUUAUGUAUGCUUCAUUAAGGAAGGAAGGAGGGAAGAAGGAAAGAGAGAAGAGGGUAUUUAUAUUAUUUAUAAAUGGGAACCAUUUUGAUGCCUGGGGCCACAUUGGGGAUCCUCCAACAGAAAAACAUUAAUUUUGUUUCAAGUUUGUGUCUUGUUCACCACCAUUCUCUCAUCUUUCCUCCUGCGCGAACAAGGAAAAGGAGACUGUUGAGUAAUGGCAACUGGAAUCGGAAGUCGAGAACCGUUGUUUUUUCAACUGUGGAUGAUUCCAAUGACAGCUCCGCUGAUAUGGUUGUUGAUGAUGAUGGUUUUAUGUUACGAGGAACUGAGGACUUGGUGGUAGAAGAAAACGAAUUAGUUGCAACUAAGAAAGCUCUUUCUGAGGCUCGGGCCAGACAGGAAGCCAUUGAAAAAGAAAGGGAUCAGUUGCUUGAAGAGUUGGCUCAGUCCCAGGCUAAACAACAAGAGCAUGUUGCUACCAUAUUGCGUGACAAGGAAGUUGCUAUUACAGAACUUGAGGCUGCCAAAUCUCUGUUCCACAAUAAGCUUCAGGAGUCGGUGGAAGAGAAGUUCACCUUAGAAUCUAAACUGGUUUUAGCAAAACAAGAUGCUGUUGAACUUGCUGUACAGGUUGAAAGGUUGGCGGAGAUUGCUUUCCAGCAGGCAACAUCUCAUAUACUUGAAGAUGCCCAACGGAGAGUGUCAGCUGCUGAAACUUCUGCUGCUGAAGCUGCCUUUCAUAUUGAAGAACAAGUUAGAAUUGCAACUGAAGGCACCAUAUUGUCAAUUGUCGAACAGUCAAAAGAUGCUAUAGAGAAGGCCCUGGAUGUGGCAGAAAAAGCUGGUGACUAUGCUACAAGAGCUGUGGCAGUCUUUACUGAUGGUAUUAAUCCUGUUGAUGAGAUUGCAUCUGUUCAAUCAGAAAAUAUUAAGUUACAAGGAAUUGUAAAUGAUCUGGAAUCUCAACUAUUGAUCACAAGAAAUGAGAUAGCUAAGUUGAAGGUGGAGUUAGAACAGGUCAAUGCACAAGCAAAAGCAUCUGAACUCCGUGCCGAAGAUGCUGAAAAAGCUCUGCUUGAAUUUCAGGAGUCAAACAGGGAAAUGACUAUCCAGCGGGAAGAGGAAAUCAACUCUUUGCUGGAGAAAAUGAAGAAAGAUGCUGCUGAAAAAAAGAAGGCUGCAUCCAAGGCAUUUAAGGCUGAGUUGGAAAGCAUCAAGGCUGCUAUCAAAGCUGCCAAAGAAACAGCACAUUCAAGAAAUGAGGCUUACAUGAGAAGAUGUGAAGCAUUGCAGAGAUCAUUGAGGGCCUCUGAAGCUGCUUCAAAGAUGUGGAAACACAGAGCAGAAAUUGCAGAGUCACUAUUAUUAAAGGAGGAAGAGGAUGAAGAUGCCAUCUAUAUAGUCAAUGGUGGGCGUAUAGACCUUUUGACAGAUGAUGAUUCACAGAAAUGGAAACUGUUGAGUGAUGGUCCUCGUAGAGAGACACCUCAGUGGAUGGCAAGGAGGAUAAGAAGCAUCCGUCCCAAGUUUCCGCCAAGAAAGAUUGAUGUAUCUGAAGCAUUGACAUCAAAUUUUAGACCACUGGACUUGCCCAAACCUGAUGAAGUGUGGUCAAUUGCUCAAGAAAAGCUUAAGGAAAGGGAUACACUUAUUGAACAUGUAAUUGAGAAAGAAACAAUAGAGAAGAAGCGAAAGGCUCUAGAACGUGCUCUUCAACGGAAGACCAUACAAUGGCAGAAGACCCCCGAGGAAACAAAAUUAGAGCCAGGAACUGGAACAGGACGUGAGAUUGUGUUUCAAGGUUUCAAUUGGGAAAGUUGGAGAAAGCAGUGGUACCUGGAUUUAGCUCCUAAAGCUGCUGAUUUAUCUCGAUGCGGAGUAACAGCAGUUUGGCUCCCUCCUCCAACAGAAUCUGUUGCUCCUCAAGGUUAUAUGCCUUCUGAUCUCUACAACUUGAACUCAGCAUAUGGUUCUGUGGAAGAACUGAAACACUGCAUAGAGGAAAUGCAUUCCCAAGAUCUUCUGGCCUUGGGAGAUGUUGUACUCAAUCAUCGAUGUGCGCAGAAACAGAGUCCAAAUGGUGUUUGGAACAUUUAUGGUGGAAAGCUUGCAUGGGGUCCUGAAGCAAUUGUGUGUGAUGAUCCAAAUUUCCAGGGUAAAGGAAAUCCGUCAAGUGGUGAUGUCUUCCAUGCUGCUCCAAACAUUGACCAUUCCCAGGACUUUGUGAGAAGAGAUAUAAAGGAUUGGCUAAAUUGGCUUCGAAAUGAUAUUGGUUUUGAUGGUUGGCGCCUUGACUUUGUAAGGGGCUUCUCUGGCACAUAUGUUAAAGAAUAUAUUGAAGCUUCAAAUCCUGCGUUUGCUAUUGGAGAAUACUGGGAUAGUUUAGCUUAUGAACAAGGUAGCUUGUGUUACAAUCAAGAUGUUCAUCGGCAGAGGAUAGUCAAUUGGAUCAAUGCCACAGGAGGUACUUCUUCAGCGUUUGAUGUCACCACAAAGGGAAUACUGCACUCUGCUCUGCACAAUCAAUAUUGGAGACUAAUCGAUCCCCAAGGAAAACCAACUGGAGUGAUGGGAUGGUGGCCCUCACGUGCUGUCACUUUUUUGGAGAACCAUGACACAGGAUCAACUCAGGGUCAUUGGCCAUUUCCUCGAGAUAAGUUGACACAAGGAUAUGCAUACAUUUUAACCCAUCCAGGAACGCCCACGAUAUUUUAUGAUCACUUCUAUGAUUUUGGCUUCCGCGAUGUCAUCACUGAGCUUAUUGAGGCUCGAAGACGGGCUGGGAUCCAUUGUCGGAGCUCUGUCAAGAUAUACCAUGCUAACAAUGAAGGUUAUGUUGCACAAAUAGGUGAUACACUAGUGAUGAAGCUUGGACAUUUUGAUUGGAACCCCUCAAAGGAAAAUAAUCUGGAUGGAAGUUGGCAAAAAUUUGUGGACAAAGGAUCAGAUUAUCAAUUGUGGUUGAGACAAUAGUUUGACUCGACAGAUGAAAGUAAGAAUUUCCAUGUUAUACCUUCUAAACAUUGCUGAAACAUCAAUCAAUAAUUGUUAGCUUCUUGCUAGAGGGAUAAUUGUAUAUGGCUCUAAUAGACCGAUUGACAAUCUAAACUAAAAUCUCAUUUAUACUUGCAAUCCAAAAAAAUAAGAGGUUCUCCUGAAUGCAGAAAAACACAAUUCUUGAUA